AUGCACGUCUUAAUAAGAUUCAAUAUAGAAAGCGACGGCGGCCAGGAGGAGCCGAUGACAGCGUGGUGCUGCACAGCAGCAAAUACUGCAAGGUGCCAAUACCUUCUAGACUAUCGCAGUGUAUGCUUUGUGACCAUGAAGGUUGCUAAUGCGUUUCCACGAGUAUACCGAGCUACCGCCUGUCUUCCUGCCAAGCGAUUCUACCCCUUCCAAGCCAAGCGCUUCCAACAUGCCUCAUUCGCAACACUUUCAAAGGUCAAUGGACCGCAGGAAGUGUCACCGGCGACUCAAUUCCAAGUUACGGACCCAUUGAGGGCCACGGAACCCACGUUCGUGGCUAAUGUGCACCAAGCGCUGGAGCGCAGUGGCAUGGCCACAAUCAAGCUCGCCUUUGCAGAUCCAAGCAGCAGCUUUCUGGAACGACUCGUCUGCAGCUUCAACAAGAACCACGGCCACCAGCUGCCGAUUACGCACAGCGCCUCGCAAGGCUGGUUUUGGGACGUCCGCCCGAGCGAUGGCACGCGCAUCCCGCUGCAGACGGCCAACCACCGCGCGCGCUCCGAGACCAUGGCCGACUUCCCCUGGCACACCGACUGCAGCUACGAGGGCUCGCCGCCGCGCUACUUUGGCCUCCACGUGCUGCAGCACGACCGCUUCGGCGGCGGCACGCUCUCGGCCAUGAACAUUGAGAGGCUGGGCGUGGCGCUGUCGCCCGCGGCCCGGCAGGCGCUGCGCCGCGAGGACUUUCUGAUCACCAUCCCGCCAGAGUUCAUCAAGGACCCGGCGCGGACCAGCAUCAGGGGCAACGUCAUGGCAUCGGCGGAGAAGGCAACGAGCGGCGCCGCAGGAAGCACCAGCAUGAUGCGAUAUCGCCGCGAUUUGCUUGAGCCGUUGACGGCCGGUGCGGCCGGUGCCUUGCGCGAGCUCGACGUCCUGCUGAAGGGUUCCUCGGCUGGCGAGAGCGUAGCGGCCGCGUCUACGCUUCACCUGACGGCAAAGGAUUGUCCUGCGGGUACGAUUAUCUUGAUGGAUAAUAGACGCUGGCUGCAUGCGCGGAAUGACAUCAAAGAUCCCGAGCGUCAUCUGCGUCGUAUACGCUGGGACGCAAUUCCAUUUCCGCGAGAGUAG